AUGAGAGAAGAGAACCCAUCUGAGACCAGAGCCAGAGCAACCAAGUUUUCUGACCAAAACCAGGCACCAAGGUCUCAAAACACAAAGGGCAACAGCAACACAUCAAAACUGAAGUCUGCUUCUUCAUGGGGAUCUCACAUAGUCAAAGGGUUCGGAGGAGACAAGAAGACGAAAGUGCUAAACGCAGUGACGAGCAAGAAGCCGCCGUUAAUGGGUUGCGAUUUGUCGAAUCCGAAACCUCAGUUGCCAUUAGCCCCUGCUCAUUCAUCACGAGUCAAGCGUUCGCUGAUCGGAGACUUGUCUUGCUCAGUCAACAAUGCUAAUCAGAUGUACCAGACCCACCGGAGACAGUCUUCGCGGGACUUGUUUCUCGAGCUUGAUCACUUGAGGAACCUGCUGCAGGAUUCGAAAGAGAGGGAGUUUCAGCUGCAGGCUGAGCUUUCGGAAUGUAAGAGGAAUCCGAGGGUUUUGGAGCUGGAGAGGGAGCUGGAGGCGAAAAGGAGAGAAUUGGAUGGUGUGAUGAGGAAAGUUGAGGUGCUGGAAGAGGAGAAGGCUAGUCUAGCUGAGCAAUUAGUGUCGAUUUCGGAGAGGAGUGAAGAGGUGUUGAAGAGGGAAGACCAGGAAUGUGGGGUGGUUUCAGCGUCAGGAAGUGUGGAGAUGGAGGUUUUAGAGUUGAGAAGACUCAACAAGGAGCUACAGCUUCAGAAAAGAAACCUUGCUUGUAAACUUUCCGCUGUGACAGCCCAAUUGGCUUCUCCAGCAAAACCUUCUGAGAGUGACAUUGUUGAGAAAAUCAAAGCCGAGGCGUCUAUGUUAAGGCAUACAAAUGAAGAUUUGUGCAAACAAGUUGAGGGGUUACAGAUGAACAGGUUGAAUGAGGUUGAGGAGCUAGCAUACCUUAGGUGGGUCAAUUCUUGUUUAAGAAAUGAGUUGCAGAACUCUGACAAGCUGCAGAGUCCAAAUUCGAUUGAUAGGAGUAGUAAAUCAGCUGGGGACUUGUCGAGUAGGAGCAAUGACUACUUGGAAUUCAAGAGUGUGAAGAGAAUGAAUUUGGUAAAGAAGCUGAAAAAGUGGCCUAUUGCUAAUGAGGAUGUGCCUAACCUGGAAUCAUCCCCAGAUGAGCUCUUGGAUAAAAGUUGGGUUGAUUCAGAUGAAGGAAGAAGUCCUAGAAGAAGACACUCAAUCAGCGGAUCCAAGUGCUUUGCAGAAGAGCUGGUGCUGUCUAGUAAGAGAAGGCAAUCCGAUGGUUUUAUGUGCCCCCCAGAAAUUGAGAAGGAUAUAGAGCCAGUGGCUUCUCAAAAAUAUGAUUUGGGAAUGCUCCAAUGCCAUGAAAUCCAUAAAAUUCCGGCUUCGUUUGAUGUUGAGAAAAGGGCAUUGCGCAUUCCAAAUCCCCCUCCUAGGCCUUCAUGUUCUAAUUCUAGUGGAACCAAAGUGGAUGAGUCUAUGAAAGUGCCGCCACCACCGCCUCCGCCCCCUCCACCUCCUCCAAAGUUUGCAGCAAGGACUAAUACUGCAGGAACGGUGCAAAGAGCCCCACAAGUAGUUGAGUUCUAUCAUUCACUCAUGAAAAGAGAUUCCAGGAAGGAUUCUUCAACUGGAGGAAUUUGUGAUGCACCAGAUGUUGCCAAUGUUCGUAGUAAUAUGAUUGGAGAAAUUGAAAACCGAUCAUCACAUUUGCUUGCUAUAAAGGCAGAUGUUGAGACUCAAGGAGAAUUUGUAAAUUCACUGAUAAGAGAGGUGAACAAUGCUGUAUAUCAUAGCAUUGAAGAUGUUGUGGCUUUUGUAAAGUGGCUCGAUGACGAACUUUGCUUUCUUGUGGAUGAAAGAGCAGUCCUAAAGCACUUUGAUUGGCCAGAAAAGAAAGCAGACACACUGAGAGAAGCAGCAUUUGGCUAUAGAGAUUUGAAGAAACUGGACCUUGAAGUGUCUUCUUUCAAAGAUGAUACUCGAACGCCAUGUGAUAUUGCGCUCAAGAAAAUGGUUGCCUUGUCUGAGAAGAUGGAGCGUACAGUUUACAACAUUCUCCGAACAAGGGAGUCCUUGAUGCGUCAUUGCAGGGAUUAUCAAAUACCAACAGACUGGAUGCUUGACAAUGGCAUUUUAAGCAAGAUAAAAUUUGGCUCAGUCAAGCUAGCAAAGAUGUAUAUGAAGAGGGUGGCUAUGGAACUACAGUCAAAGGCAGCAGCAGAGAAAGAUCCUGCAAUGGACUAUAUGCUGCUUCAGGGAGUGAGAUUUGCCUUCAGAAUUCAUCAGUUUGCAGGAGGUUUUGAUGCAGACACAAUGCAUGCAUUUGAGGAACUUCGCUACCUUGCCCAUCUUCUUAACAAAAAGUAA